UCUGCAAGUUUCUCUCAUAGCUUUUACGUUGGAUAUUGGGCGUGCGGUUUGCAGAACGCACGUCCCUGGCUUUUUGUGUUUCUUUCUCCAAAUAUCCGUGUUUAAAGCCAUACUUGGGAAAAAAUGGCUUUUCAAUCCCCAGGAGGAAUGUUGGCACUAUCUCAUAAGCAUGAUUGGCUCAUUCUCCUGCUUCUUGCUGCUAUUGAUGGACUCUUGAAUUUGAUAGAGCCAUUCCAUCGCUAUGUUGGGAAAGACAUGAUGACAGAUCUUAUGUUUCCAUUCAAAGAAGAUACCAUACCUAUGUGGGGUGUCCCUAUCCUCUCUAUUAUCAUCCCUAUUCUUAUCUUUGUUGCAUAUUACUUUGUCAAAAGGGAUAUCUAUGAUUUACACCAUGCAACAUUAGGUCUCAUGUUUGCUAGCUUAAUCACUGGUGUUAUCACAGAUUCCAUUAAAGAUGCUGUUGGUAGACCACGACCAAACUUCUUCCAACGGUGUUUCCCUGACAAUAUACCUGUGUUUGAUAAAGACACUGGUGAUGUUGUUUGUACUGGGAUUAAGGCGGUUAUAAAGGAAGGAUACAAAAGCUUUCCAAGUGGACACACUUCAUGGUCCUUUGCUGGUCUUGGUUUCCUUUCUUGGUAUUUAUCAGGGAAAAUUAGAGUGUUCGAUCGUAGGGGGCAUAUUGCGAAACUAUGCAUUGUCUUGCUUCCUUUGCUUGUUGCUGCUCUUGUGGGAGUUACUCGAGUUGAUGAUUACUGGCAUCAUUGGACUGAUGUCUUUACUGGAGGCCUUAUAGGGCUUACCGUGUCUACAAUAUGCUAUUUGCUACUCUUUCCCUUUCCUACUCUUCAACAUGGUUGGGCUCCUCAUGCAUUUUUUCAUAUGAUGGGAGAAAAUCAAUGUUCUUCCCAACUAGGAAACCAAUCUUCCAUUGUAUCAAGGCUAGAUGAGUAUCCCCUACAAUUGGAGCAAAUGGAAAAUGGGACAAGAUAUAUGUGAUUGCUGAUUUCUUUUACCAAUUAACAGGAGAUUAUACUAUAUGCUUCUUUGACUGAAUGAAUAGUUAGUUUUGGAAACAUUGGGCAUUGUUAUGCCUAGGUAUACAUCUAAUAGGCACAUUCACGAUUGAAGUUUCCUUUGGUCGAACUUUUGUACUAAUAUUCUCCAAAGUGAAAGAUCCACAUCAUGUUUUACAUAAUGUGAAAUUUGAAGCAA